AUGGCAACCCUGGGGAGCAAGUCGUCUAUAAGGUGCGAUGCACAGACGACGCGGCGGCUUGUCGACCAGGAAGCAGGCCACGUUAAGAAUAUGGACCUGGAUAAGCUCGACAGCUGCGGAGAGGUGACACUGGGGCUGGUUGCCACGUUUGCUUGCGCCCUGCUUGUCUGCAUGGUGGCCUUGCCUUUCUUCGACGUUGUCACCAUGGGCUGGGUGAAGACCUGGGAGCGCCACGUCGGCUAUGUUAGCAUGAGUGACUUCAAGGCCUUCCAUGUCUUCGGAGAGAACCAGUUUGAUGGUGAUGCAAACAAAGCCUACAACGCCAUGGACAAGUCACAGGAUGGGUACGUAGACUUGACAGAGUUCAGGGACUUUGUGGGCAACCUCAAAGAGCCGAUCGUCAAGGAGGAACAGGUCCUCUUCGCGUUCAACGGCUUGGACGAGAACGGCGAUGACAAGCUGACGUCAGCUGAGUGGGACAAGGGCCUGGCAGAGCCUGAGUUCUACUACUGGGAAACUACGACUACUACCACGAUGCCAGCCGCGGAUGAGGCGGCCUCGGCAAAGAAGGCAGCAGAGGAGGCUGCUGCAAAAGAGGCCGCCGCGCAAAGAGCCGCAGCGAAGGCAGCUGCAGAACAGGAGGCUGCAGAGCUGAAAGCAGCGAUGGCCCGCCAGCAGGCACGGCAAAAGGCAGAACGAGAAGGCCCAAAGGCCAAAAUCGAGAAGCCGCCGCCCGCGCCUGUCUGGGAGGACGAUGUGUCCAUGAACGACCUGAUCAACCGCAUGGGCGAUGCAGGCAAAGGAUCUGCGCAGCACGCUCUUCGCAGCUUCGACCGAGACGGGGACGGCAUCGCAGCACACGGCGAGUUCCUUGCGGGCCUGGGAAAGCUCCCGCAGCCCGUGAAGGGCCCCGCUGCCGAGGGCGUUUUCCAGAGCCUGGACUCGAACCAGGAUGGAAUGGUGGAAAGCCAAGAGUUCGCCAACGCCUUCAAUCGGAAACGCUAUGUGCAAGCAAACGUGCAGAAGUCACAGGGCCAGUCGCACAUGCGGAGUAAGAAUGCGCAGCGGGAGACAGAGGUCCUCAAGGACAUGCACCUCUCCCAACCGCCUCUGACCAUUGCCCAGUUUGCCCAGGGCAUGGGUUCAGUCACCCCGGAGACGGCCUUCAAAGCUUUGGACGCAGAUCAGAAUGGCGAGAUCUCGGAGACGGAAAUGGUGAGGUUUGCUUCGGCCUUCCUGCCCCCCCUCACGGCGGAGCAGGCCCGCUAUGCCCAGAAAGGACUGGAUGUUAAUGGCGACCAGCGUGUCGUGCCUCAGGAGAUGUAUGACACGUUGAAGUUCGGAGCGUUUUUCCCAACAGAGGAUCAGGCAGGACUACGCUGUGUUUGCAGAAGAGGUUCGUGUGGGAGCUUCAUGGUACCAGUCCUUGGGAGUAUUUGGGGUGCAGGCUUGAAAGCUCCAGACCACCGAUACUUUGAUGAGCAGCGCCAGGCAUUUCAGAAUGCGAUGGUGCUUUGCUGCAGCACGCGACCCCGAGCGAGAAGUGCCUCCAGCAGUGUCAAGCUUGCCUUCGCCAAUCGAACUGCAGCAGAUCCGAAGUUCGUGGAGCCUGGUUUGUCCACAGGAUCUGCAGCGAUCGCCCGCCUGAAUGUGAGUGGUCAGGCGCAGUAUAUCUAUGGGAAAGUGUCGUCAGCAAGUCCCUUGAGCGUCCUGUGCUGGGAUGGCAAAUCCUACAACGCCACAGACCUGAUGUGGGUUGCAGCUGCGAAAGACGAUGGGUGGCUGGCACCCUAUGGCAAGGAGUGGAAGGAGGUGGGCCGGCGAGUCUUCCUCAGGCUCCUGAAGAAUGACGAGUGGGUCUCGGCGAUCGUGGGCACCUGCAAGCCCGAGGACGCCGAAGAUUACCUGCCGCUGGAAGGCGUAGCAGAUCUGCCUGGGGUCAACGUGCCAGAAGAAGUUGGCAUGCUCUUCACCCCGCACGAGGAGUGCCAGGACGAAUUCGCGGGGCUUGAACCAGGCCGCGGUGGUACUCUUAUGGACCACCUUUCGAAGGCCUUCAUCGUGUCCGGGCAUAAAUCCGUUCAGCGACUGCGCUGGGUCCAGAAGUGCCGGGUGGAGCCACAGUAUCCCAUGCGCUGCGUCUUCGUCCAUCCUAGCGUCAAGAAUCUGGGCCUUGCCGAGUUCGUUAGGCGCUGCCACGAGAAGCAGGCCGAAUGCAUCGGCAACCUCCCAGAUCCGGAAGUCGUGAUGCUGCUGGGGCCUCCGGCUGCGGGCAAAAGCUCAAUCCAGCGUUUGCCUCCCAACGAGGUGCCGCCUGCCCUGAAGGAAACCGUCCGCUCAUUGAAAUAUCGGGAAGAAGUUAACAACGACAACCUCUGUGACUGCAUGCCGGGCUUCCGCGACCAGUUCAAGGUGGCUUUGCAAGUUCCCAAAGAAUACCAGGCAGGUGGGGCACUCUGGAAAAAGAUGAUGCGAUUGGCUCGAAGCGAACCUUCGGAAUCAAUGGCCUUGGAUGAGGUGGUGAAGAAUCUGAGGGGCCAUUCGGAUGAGCACAAGAGCGCGAUCGCUUGGGCGAUGCAGUGGCUAACCUACGCGAUGUUUCAUCACGGGCCUGUCAGAGAUUCCUUGGCCUGGGAUGUGAUCAAGGUCACCAUUGUCGAUGCGCCUGAGCUCUCGGUGUAUUACUCCUCCGUAAUGGCGGGUGCCGCCAUCGACCGCACAAUGCAGAUUCUAGAGUUGGCACACUCGUGUGCCGCACCCGUCGCCCAUGCGCCUCUUCGUGUGGUGGGCUUCUGGCCGUGUGCUAGUCAGGAAGUACGGCACGCCCGGCAGCGACAUCGUCAUCGCCAGGAGCGGGACGGAGAGCGACUUCUUGGAGGCAAUGUGGAUGCCAACUUGGUGAACCUGCACUUCCAUGCCCAGCAAGCGGAGUCGAACAUAUCUCGGAUGCUUAAAUCUCUGAAGCUGGGGCAGCGACCCACCGACAAUGGCGGUGCAGAGGCUGCCACCGAAGUGCAGGUGGACCACUUCAUUGUCAUCGACAACGAUUCACCAGAGCCACGGAUCUUGAUGAAUUUCACAGAUCAGUCCCAGGAUCGAGCCCGGGAGCGUGUGAAGGAAGAGAAGGUCGCUGCUAGGGAGCUCCUGCAAGUAGUCGACGAGCUGCCUGAGUGGGAGCGCUUCUCUUGCGCGGUGUUCCGAGUGGCUGCCUUCUUCUUGCCUGCCGAUGAUGACCUGAUCCAGAAAUGUGCAUCCAAGUGUAAGGAUGGCAAGGAAGCGCUCCAGGAACCAGAAUCGGUGCUUCCAGUACUUCAGGAACUGGACGAAGCAGUCUUCAAAGUCCUGACCAAGGGUUCGCCAGCUCUCCACACCUCGGACAUGCGCCCAUCCUUCUCAAGAUUGGAAAGCUGCUCUGAGCUCUCCACCAUGAGCGUGGAACAGCAAACAACUCUGAAGGAGCACCUCACGGAUUUGCGCAUGCUGUGUGUCAUCAAAGCCCUGCGGGACGAAGAGCUCGAUGAGGAGGACGAGUCUGACGAUGCAGCUGCAGGUGGAGAUAUGCAGAAGGACAGCCCAUACAACGAGAAGCCCAAAGAAAGCAAGAACAGCAGAUUCCAGAUCGGAAAGCAAUGCCACGGCCUUGAGCCAUGUAAUGGCUGGGCUGACGCUGGAGGUGUGGCAUCUCCGUUCCGCCUCUGCCCUGUUGCUGGCUGCCGCAGUGCGGUCAUUCGUCGCCUCGGUGGCGGGGCGAGAUUGGGCAUGUGUUGCAGUGAGGGGCCCGCAGGCUUCUUAUUGGUCCUUCAGGCACAUUCCACGCUGGUCGCGAACGACGCUGCUCCGCCCCCACCGCCCACAAAGAAGGACGAUGCGGCAGAGCUGUUCAAGCAGUGGACUGGAAAUGUCGUGAUGGCCGACACCGGGGUUGCGAUGCCCGCAGCACAGAUCGCCCGAGCCUGGCUGCAGAUGGCACGCUCCAAAGGCCAUGGCACAAUCCCCUCAAAAAGCAGCUUCUCAUCCCUUGUGAAACCCAAGCGGCGUGUCGGAAGCUCCUCUGACCUAUGUGGAAGCAUCACAGAGGGCGACGAGUCUGCUGGCAGUCCGUGGGAGGGUCCCGCUGAGGACGCCUUCCACGUUCAGCUCGAGAGAGAAUCCACUACCGAAGACUGGGGCUUUGUGUGGAAUCAGUCGGCCUUGUCGACGAGGCGUCGAUUUCUUCUGGAGUCGGUGAGCGAAGGAAGCCUCGCAGCGAGCUGGAACAGCCAGGAGCGUGAGCUGGGGCGCUGCACGCUAGAGCCUGGCAGCACCCUGGUGGAAGUGAACUUCCUUGCCGGCUAUGGGGUCAUCCGGCACGAGCUGAACGAGGCAACACAGCUGCGGCUGACGUUCCUGCGGCCGGCUGCUGCUUCUGUUCUAGAGAAGAAGCUCGCCGGCCUACCACUGGAGUGCCGAGUCAAAAACUCCUUCCUGGAGGUGGCACAGGUGGACGCGGACAGCCAGAAUGAAGCGCGUCAUUUCUCAGAUCCGGGACCGUCAGCUCAGAAGGGCUGCUCAUCCUCGGCCGAAGGCACAGGCAUGAGCGCUGCUGAUCCGCAAGUCUGCGGAUAUCACACCGAGUCAGAGGCUGUUUCGGACUUGAUCGGGACUGCCGCGCUGAUCUCCGGGCUUAUGAGGUCCGCGGAGUUCAACGGCAAGUGGUGCAGAAUAGAUGCGUUCGAUCCAGAGGUGCGUCGGUACAUCGUGCGUGUCUUCCUGGAGGAUGGCCAGCCGCCUGUCAUCGCAAAGCUGCGCCUGGAGAACCUGGUCUUUGGGCCCGCUCCCUCGCUCGCCCCGGUGAUGCCAUCAACCUUUCAACCCGCUGCGCCGGCCUCUGCGAGCCCGUGUGCCACAUCGCCAAGCGUGCCCGGCGAAGAAGCUCUUGAUCCCACGUCCUGGUCCUGGGGCGAGUGGCCCUGGAUGCCAGGCAUGACGAGUGUGGCCGGUGUCCCUGCUGCUGCGGACGUUGAUGCUUGGCAAGUGCCGGCCGACUGGGCAUACGCAUUUGCGCCUCCUGGGCUACCUCCGACUGAGGCCACCAUGAUGCAGUGCCUGCCUGCGCUGCCUGUGCAGCCAGCGCAGCCUCCUCCACAGACGCCGCUCUGCUUCCUGCCCACCUCGAGCCCACAGUUCGCCAAUAGCGAGACCAGUGCUCCAAGUAAUUUCGGAGCAGCAGAUGCCUCAGGAAGUCACGAACACCCUCCGCAAAUACACACCCAUCAGGUGCUGGAGCAGCAUCUGAUCCAGCAGCAGCUGCAAGCGAUGCAGCAGAGUGCGGCACCCGAUGCGCAGGCAGAAGAGGAGCUGCAGGAGGAGGAUCCUGCCGAAGGCAAGAAGAAGCGACGUCGGCGGCGGAGGGGGAAGCGCAAAGGCCGUGGCACUAAGGAUCAGGAUGCAGAGGACGACGCCGAAGAAAGCGACGCGGCCGAAGAGCCGGGCCUUGCAAGAGAAGAGGGCACUCUGCCCUCGGAAAGCCAGGAGGCGGUGCUCUCUCAGAUGCAGGCAGAGGCACCGAAGGACGGCUUGGCGGCGAAGGCCCAAGCAGCAACACUGGCGAGCUUGCCGCUGCAAGAGUCUCCGGGCGGAAGCACAAGGAAGCCAGAAGAGUCCUUCCAGGAGGAGGUUGAGCCAGCUCUGCCACCGACGUGCGAGACAGCCACGGUCGAGCUGGGUGGCAGAGGCCACGAUGCUGACGAGGAGAGGCUGCCAGCCGAGGGCGCGAGCACACCACAGCCAACAUCGAGGACAACGCACAGAGGAGGACCCGGGCCGGCCGUGUCUGCCUGGCGACCUUCGCUGGCCAGGAGCACGGACAGCUCGGAGGUUGCGAGCCGACCCCUCCCUGCCGCACAGGACAUAGAGGAUGCCAGUCCAAUUGAUUCCAAGGAACUACAGUUGGAAACAGCGACUUGGCAGCCAACCCUUCAGCGGAGAACCGUUCAGCGAUGA